CGUAUAACACUUCUUGCCCCCUUCGUUCGUUUUCCCCUAUUUAAACCAGUCGCCCUCACACGUGAACACAUUCUCUACCUCUGGAACUUUCCACCUGUCAUCUCCCCACUCGGCUCAGUCAUAUCCACCACCUAUCCCACCGACUCAUCAUAUCCAUCUGUCAAACUCCUACGAUACCGGUAUCCAAGUCCCAUCGGCCCAUCUCACCCACGUCCAUUUGCCAAAGAAGAAAAAAUGUCAGCUCAACACUACUACGGCGGCGGCGGAAGCCAAAGCGGCCAAAACCAGAGCGGCUACCCCCCGCAGAGCGGCUACCCCCCGCAGAGCGGCUACCCUGCCCAAGCCCAGUAUAGCCACCAUCAACAACAACCAUCCCCCGGAGCCGGCUACCCCCCCCAGCCGCAGUACACCCAGCAGCAACACCACCCGCAAGCCUACCCCCCUCAGCCGACCUACGGCUCGCCGGCCCCUUCCACCUCCCACCUCUCGCCAUACCCAACACCACAAACAGCCCCUAACCCGACCGCCCGGCCCUCAAGCGCCCAAUCCCACCACUCCUCCUCCUCCUACUCCUCUCAACAGCACCAGCAACAGCAACAGCAACAGCAACAGCAGCCCCAGGGCAACGACCACCAAACCCGCACACCAGACCACCAAGGCCCUCCCGGCUCCGACGCCCAAUUCGGCGAAGACGGCGACCGCGGCAUCCUCGCCACAGUAGGCGGCGGCGCAGCAGGCGGCUACAUCGGCAGGAAGUUCAUGGGCGGCAAGCUCGGCACCGUGGCGGGCGCCUUGGUCGGCUCCCUCGUCGCGAACAAGGUGGAGGACCGCUUCACCGGCGGGAAGAACGACCAAACCCAACAUUACCCGCAGCAACACCAGCACGGUUACCAGCACGGCUACCAGGGCCAGGGUGGUUACGGCCACGCCCCUCAGCAGCAGGGUUAUGCCGGCUCCCCGUACGGCAACCAGCAGGCUGCGCAGAGUAGUGGUGGGUUGGGUGGUAUGGUGCAGAAUUUCCUUGGGAAACGUUAGCCGGGGUGCGUGUGCGUACUUGGGGUGGUAAACCAAGGGAAUAGGGGCAUAGGGCAUAGGGCAUAGGGGAAUUAGGAUCGAUGGUGAGAGGAAGUAGCCGAGCUUUCAUCAAUACGGUUUGCUGAUACGGCUGGUUUGUAAGACAUUUUACGUUGAUUUGUCUAGUAAGAAUGUGUGA